CUGCUGCACGCCCGGGUGCCGAUGCACGCCCGGCCUCCGCUGCCUGUGAGGCAGGCGACAGCUGCUGCAGCGCUGGGACCACGAGACAGAAAAGGCUGAGUCCUGGAAGUUUAUCAUGCUCUCUCAUCAUAUCCUGGAACUUCAUCUAUUGUCUUCCAUGUCUGUUUCUCCCUAGUCCCUGGAUCUUCAUCAUCACUUUCCCUUUGACCAUUAUCACCUUUACAACAACAAGUAAUUUACUUAACUCUCAUGGCCUCUGUUUUAUUCUUCUGACUUAUUGAGUACAAUCAGCUAUUAUCCUGAACCAUUGCAGCGUCACACUUCUAAGCUGUAGAAAAUGGCCGAUGUUCUGAAUGGUAAACCUUAUCCUUCCACUCCACAGGAGCUAUUCAAAAGUAUAACAGCACAAGGAGAAAUUGUCCGAUCAUUAAAAGCAGAAAAAGCACCAAAGGAUGAAAUUGAUUCUGCUGUAAAACAGCUGUUGUCACUAAAAGUAAACUACAAAGAAGUGACAGGACAGGAUUAUAAUGCUGAUUCUCCUCCCACAAACUCCAAACCUGAUGAGAGUGGGGAGCCUGGGACUACUGAAGGCGAAGAGGAUUUUGUAGAUCCCUGGACUGUACAGACCAGCAGUGCCAAAGGCAUCGACUAUGACAAGCUCAUAGUCCGGUUCGGAAGCAGCAAGAUUGACAAAGCACUGAUAGAUCGAAUUGAGAAAGUCAUAGGACAAAAACCUCAUCAUUUCCUUCGUAGAGGCAUCUUCUUUUCUCACCGGGAUAUGAACAACAUUCUUGAUGCAUAUGAAAAUAAGAAGCCAUUCUAUCUUUAUACAGGCAGAGGGCCCUCUUCUGAAGCAAUGCAUGUAGGUCAUCUCAUCCCAUUUAUUUUCACAAAGUGGCUGCAGGAUGUAUUCAAUGUUCCCCUGGUUAUCCAGAUGACUGAUGAUGAAAAAUACCUAUGGAAAGAGCUAACACUUGAGCAAGCAUAUGGCUAUACAAUAGAAAAUGCAAAGGAUAUCAUAGCCUGUGGUUUUGAUAUAAAUAAAACGUUCAUCUUUUCUGACUUGGAGUACAUGGGGUCGAGUCCAAGUUUCUACAAGAAUGUGGUCAAAAUCCAAAAGCAUGUCACAUUUAAUCAAGUAAAGGGCAUCUUUGGCUUCUCUGACAGUGAUUGCAUUGGAAAGAUUAGUUUUCCUGCUAUUCAAGCUGCCCCAUCCUUCAGCAACUCAUUUCCACAGAUUUUCAAAGACAGGACAGAUAUUCAGUGUCUUAUUCCAUGUGCCAUAGACCAGGAUCCUUAUUUUAGAAUGACCAGAGAUGUGGCUCCAAAGAUUGGCUAUCCCAAACCAGCCUUGCUUCAUUCAAGCUUCUUCCCAGCUCUGCAGGGAGCCCAGACUAAAAUGAGUGCCAGUGACCCCAACUCUUCUAUCUUCCUUACUGACACAGCCAAGCAGAUUAAGAACAAGGUCAACAAACACGCAUUUUCUGGAGGUAAAGACACCGUAGAGGAACACAGACAGUUUGGAGGCAACUGUGACAUUGAUGUAUCUUUCAUGUAUCUUACCUUCUUUCUGGAGGAUGAUGAUAAACUCGAGCAGAUAAGACAGGAUUACACAAGUGGAGCUAUGCUCACUGGAGAGCUAAAGAAGACACUCAUUGAAGUGCUACAGCCCUUGAUUGCUAAUCACCAGGCCCGGCGCAAAGAGAUUACAGAGGACAUUGUGAAGCAGUUUAUGACUCCAAGGAAGCUAUUCUAUGACUUUCAGUGACAUAGAUUACAUAGACAUCUGUGUUUACAUGCAGACAAAUUCAUAAGUAAAUAUCCAUCUGGUUGGAUUGCUAUCACCCAUAGUCAUCCAACAAUUGCUAAUUAUCAUAGUCAACUGGGAGUUGGAAGGGAACCUCUCUCAAAUUCUGUCUACAGCAUCCCUGAUGAGUGAUGAUUUUAUCUUACUUUAUUAUCUGUAAGCCAUAUGUUACCAUGUUUCUUCCUGUGGAUUAGCGUGUACCAGCUUAAUGUAGACAAAAAUAAUGUGGAAAAGCCCAUGCCAUGUAAUAGUGUGUAGGCAAAAUAAAGAAUUCUAGAAGUUUACUCUCUACUACAAAAUAAAUGAAAGAUUCUGGGUCCAAUGUUUGAAGAAAGUUGAUCAUCCAUUACUUGGUAAUUCAAACCCUUAAAUUCUCAGCAAGUUGAGAAAAAUAGAGUAUAAGUAGACAGAAUCUCAUGUUUUUUAACCUAAAAUAUAUUAAUCUGUGCUUAUGAUUUGGUACAAAUUCUGAAAAUGUUCUUUUUCAAUCUUCCUCAGUAUUCUGAAUCUGUUGUUUUACAUCCACCUUUGAGCAAAAAUGUAAACUAAUGUAUAGCUAGAAUCAAAAUGCCAUUCCUGUGGUAUUAAAAAUACUGCUUAGGAAAUUGAUAUUGGCAUUUAGUGAGUUUAACUUUGGUGCAUGCUGCCUUUUCCUAGUACUGAGGAAAAACUUCAUGAUAAGUUUUACUAGAACAUCCUCUCUCAGAUGACUCAAGAGCAAACCUUGACACAGUUCUGGUAUUAAGGAUGAUGCUUCAAUAUAAUGUAACCAAUUCUUAUGAAAUUAUCAAGUUCUCUAUUGGCAGAUUUUUCUAUUUAGUUUCCUACACUGCUUUCUGCUCCCCCUGCCCAUGGCCCUUUCUCAGAAAUCAUGCUUUCUUAACUAUGAUUUUCCAUUAUUUCUAAACCAAAGAAUCAAAGAAAUUUCACACUCCAUUUAUGACAAAGGAAUUUUGAAAUGAUUUUGUCAUUUUGUUUUUCAUACAUAAAAUGCUGAAAAAAUA